AGAGCUGUCACUGGAUCCGACCCAGUUCUCCCAGCGGCAUAAAUAUCUGGCCUUCAUCACAGCCGUGGAAAUUCGCGUUGUGUUCUCUUGCAGAUUACUUCGGUUUUCAGCUCUCCGUGCUGACAUGGUAACUGAGCGGUGGCUUUCAGCGACACGCAGACGGGGACAGCUGCUCCAGAGAGGCUAGCAGGAACAGCCUGGUAGGGUCCAUCUCGGAUAGACGCGGAUGAUGCCAGAGCUAUGACAGGGAUUGCAGUCUUGGCACUGAGGGGUGAUCAAUUAUGGAACAACUACAGGAGGAAAUACCUGAGGUCAGGGAAGAGGAGGAGGAAGAGGAAGAGGCAGUGAUGGUGGCAAGCGGACCCUCGGACCCAAGUGGAGGACCAGACAGCUCGCUGCCUUCAAGCAGCUACACAGACCUUUCGCAGAGCUCCUCUCCCUCCCUGUCGGACCAACUGCAGAUGGGCUGCGAGGAGGCGGCCUUGGGAGCGCUGAACGUGGAGUGCAGGGUCUGUGGAGACAAAGCCUCGGGGUUUCACUACGGUGUGCACGCCUGUGAGGGCUGCAAGGGUUUCUUCCGCCGGACAAUCCGCAUGAAGCUGGAGUAUGAGAAGUGCGAGCGGAGCUGCAAGAUUCAGAAGAAGAACCGGAACAAGUGCCAGUACUGCCGCUUCCAGAAAUGCCUCUCGCUGGGCAUGUCACAUAACGCAAUCCGCUUCGGCCGCAUGCCGGAGGCAGAGAAGAGGAAGCUGGUGGCAGGGCUGACGGCGAGUGAGAUCAGCUGCCAGAACCCGCAGGUGGCCGACCUGAAAGCUUUCUCCAAGCACAUCUACAAUGCCUACCUGAAAAACUUCAACAUGACCAAAAAGAAGGCGAGAGGUAUCUUGACCGGGAAGGCCAGCAGCACCCCACAGCCUUUUGUGAUCCACGACAUGGACACCUUGUGGCAGGCAGAAAAGGGGCUGGUCUGGAAACAGCUAGUGAAUGGCAUUCCCCCCUACAAGGAGAUCGGGGUGCACGUCUUCUACCGCUGCCAGUGCACCACGGUGGAGACUGUGAGGGAGCUCACGGAGUUCGCCAAAAGCAUCCCCAGCUUCAUAGGCCUCUACUUGAAUGACCAAGUGACUCUGCUGAAGUAUGGGGUGCACGAGGCCAUCUUUGCCAUGCUGGCCUCCAUCAUGAACAAGGAUGGGCUGUUGGUGGCCAACGGGAACGGCUUCGUGACCCGCGAGUUCCUGCGUAGCCUGCGCAAGCCCUUCAACGAGAUCAUGGAGCCCAAAUUUGAGUUUGCUGUGAAAUUCAACGCGCUGGAGCUAGAUGACAGUGACCUGUCUCUGUUUGUGGCUGCCAUUAUCCUGUGCGGAGACCGUCCUGGCCUGAUGAACGUGAAGCAGGUGGAGGAGAUCCAAGACAACAUCCUGCGAGCGCUGGAGUUUCACCUGCAUUCGAACCACCCGGAUGCCCAGUACCUCUUCCCCAAGCUGCUGCAGAAGAUGGCCGACCUGCGGCAGCUGGUGACGGAGCAUGCCCAGCUGGUGCAGAAGAUCAAGAAGACGGAGACGGAGACAUCUCUGCACCCACUUCUGCAGGAGAUUUACAAGGACAUGUACUAAGGACCUGUUAUUUAUGAGAAUGAAGCCAUGGAUUCCCAUCAAGACUCUUUGUACAGAAACAAAGAAAACCUUUCCCCAUGUCUUCCAUUUCUUCUACUGGAAACUCUUCUACGUGACCCUGACGUAUGGUACAUAGGGCAAGAUGCCGUAAGAUUUUGCAGCCACCACCUGCUAGGCCAGGGCUUCCGUUAACACACACUAACAAAUUUACAAAGGCAAAUCAUAAGCUACUGUUUCCGUUACUAUGGCCCAGUUCUUCAGCUGCUCCCUGGGGCCUCCAGAGCGGCCGGCCGGUUUACAUGGCCCAGACGGUGGGGUUCCUGCGGCAGCUUGGGAAUGGUGGGGGAUGCUCUGGUCAUUAGGAGACCAGAGCGCGGUGCAGGUAUCCGGCGGGGCCAGCAACAGCACUUACAGCGUGUCUUUAUUUUCUUUUUUGUAUUGCACUCCGAAGACGUAGUCCUGAGCCGUGAAGUUUAGGACAGUGUAAUGAAAGGAUGUUUCUCUCUUUCCCAAAGAAAAGCCAGAGUAUUCGAAGACGGGUAGGGCUGUCCUAGCAGAGACCCUCAGCUGCAGCCCCCCCUCGCUGUGCGGCGUAUUCCUGUCUCCCAGAGGGAUUGUGUGAUCUCUGCCUUCCCCUGAGUGCCGUGUGGGAGCCCUUGCCCUGGUACCCCCGUUUCAGAGGGAGCCUGCCCCUCAGCAUGAGAGAGGGAGGGAUGGGGAGCUGGGAGGGAAAGGGUUUGACUCAUAAAAAAUCACCUUCAGAGCAGAGGCCAGAAUCUGUUUGCUUCCCCAGGCUUUUCUGCAGAGCCAUGAGUUACCAAAAAGGUCUGUGCAGGGCCAGGGGCAGGCCUGGGACUGGUCGGGGUUUAGGCGGCAGGGCUUGCAGCUUGUCCUGCAGCUCCCUUCCCAAGCCCCGGGGGGCUCUGGGGGUUUUGCAGGGCAGCGCGGGCAGCAGAGGCUUCCCGGCAGCGUGGCUCCUGUGAGCACCGGAGCAAGCAAAGCCUUCAGCAACACCAGCAAGGGGAAAGCAAAGCCACGGCCAGCCCACAGUGCUCAUGAUGCUGAAAGGACAUUGACCUGUCUGUUAACUGCCCUGCCUCAGUUUCCCCUCUGUGAAAGGGAGCUGGAUUGUCACCUGCUCUCCGCUCGGAAGGGGAGCAUGAGGAUUAAUCAGUGCAUUGGUUGCAAAGAGCUUUGCAGCUGUAAAACAGUACAAAUGCCAAGUAUUUAUAAAAGGGGAGGGAGAGGGUGGGAUGCUUACAAUGAGCAGGAGCUUCCUGGUGAGCGUGGCUGGGGCAGGGAAGCUGCCCUGCCCUCCUCUGCCGCCAUCCCGAGUGCGGGGACAGCUCCAGGCUUCGGGGUCUGCCUAAACCCAGAGCCCUUCUGGGACUUUACCUCGCAACUUCUCGCAGCUGUAGUGAAACGCCACGGUGCUGCCGCCUGUGCCCGGGACGGGACCCCUGCGUGGGGGGCUGCGUCACCCGGGCUCUGGGAGAGGGGACGGAUCCGGGAAGGGCUCGGUCCCCUCUCGGGAUGAUGGUGUCUGACCUGAGAAGUGGCACUUACCCGUCUGCAGCUCGUGGUCCCGUGUGUCCCGAGCAGCCUUAUUAAAAUGCUGGUAUUCCCAAGGAGGGGCUGUGGGAGCAAAUUAGUCGGUUUUAUUUUAUUUUCCUCCUCUUCAGGGUAGCAGAUUUCCCUGGUGCAAUAAUUCCUUUAAAACUCAAAGGGGAAGAGCGCUGGGCUUCCCCUCCACGUCACAGGGCUGGCCGGUCCCAAACCUGCCCCUGCUGCCGCCCUCCGGCUCCUUGCCGUGCCGCAGUUUCCCCACCCUCUGCCCGCCCAGCCCCUUCCCCUCCCUACCUCGCAGGGGUGUUAUGAAUUACCGUUUCUAAAGCACUUUGAAGCCCUCUCGGGGAAGGCACCGGAGACGUGCGUGUGCUGGACGGAGCCCAGGGGAUUUGUCCUUCCCACAGCCCCCGGUGGCAUCCCUUGCCGUGGCCGGCAUGCGGGACUCGCGUGCUCAUCGCCUGGGGAACUUUUUGCUCUUCCCUCCUCGACAGUGUAACAACCCUCAAACUGAAAUGUAUAUUUUUGCUAGAAGUACAAACCUCCAAGUGUUUUUAAUAAUAUAAAUAGUGUCCACAAACUGACUUGACUUUAAAUAAAUCUGAACUAAAUAUUUAAG